AUGCCAGCCUUCAUUGACAAGAUCGCUGGCGCACUUCAUCUGAAGAAGGACGGCAACAGCAAGACGUCUGAAACGCCCGUAGCUCCUGCAGCUGGAUCGCCCGUUUUCGACGCAUCCAAAGUCACCGUCAUCUUCGUUCUGGGAGGACCUGGCGCUGGUAAGGGAACACAAUGUGCUUAUCUCGUCAAGGACUUUGGUUUCUGCCAUCUCUCUGCUGGCGAUCUUCUUCGAGCAGAGCAAGUGCGCGAAGGCUCUGAAUACGGUGACCUGAUCCGGACGUGUAUCAAAGAGGGCACCAUUGUUCCUAUGGAAGUGACUGUGAAGUUGUUGGAGAACGCUAUGCACGCUGCUCUCAAAGAGAGCCAUGAGGGAGAAGGGUGGGCAGACGGCCACGGUCGGUUCCUCAUCGACGGUUUCCCUCGCAAGAUGGAUCAAGCUGCCAAAUUCGACAAUGAGGUUUGCCCGUCUUCCCUCGUUCUCUUUUUCACUACAACAGAGGAAGUUAUGCUGGAACGCCUCCUUGAACGUGGCAAGACAAGCGGCCGGGAGGACGACAACGCAGAAAGCAUUAAGAAGCGCUUCCAAACCUACAAGAAUGAGACCAUGCCUGUGAUUGAGCACUAUCAAGCACAGGGCAAGGUUGCAGAGAUCGAUAGCUCCGCUACCAUUGAUGAAGUUCAUGCCAAGGCCAACGAGGUGAUAGGGAAGAUACUGGCCGGAAAGGCUCAGCCUUCGACAACGGAAGUGGAAGCUCAAGUUUAA